AUGGCAGACGCUGUCUCGCGCCUUCUCCGCGUGCUGCGGACGGCGUCCAGCGGCGAGAUUCGGGCCGCCGCCGACGAAGGUUUGGAGGAGCUGCUGCCAGAUCAACGCUUCAGUCUCCUGAAGUCCACGGAGGUCUGGGGCGACCUCGUCCUGGCGGCCGCUGAACGCCUCGGCGCGGCGGACGCCGCCGACGCGGACGCCGCGCUGCUGCGGUGCUUGGCAGCGCUGUCGGAUGUGCGGCCGGCGCCCAUGGAGGACUUCCAACGGCACUUCUCCAUGUUAGCUCCCUUCCUCUCCAACUCCCUCAGCGCCAGCGGCGGCGCGAGCGCUGCUCCCGGCGCCGGCGCUCCGAGCCGCGCCGCCUUGGCCUGUCGUGUCGUCCAACACCUGGGACGCUGCACCGUGCUCCGUCGGCCGGUGGGUCGGCCGCUUUUGCCCCAGCUGCUGCAGCUGCUGACCGUGCCCACGGCCCGCGGUCCGGCCAGUGCGGCGCUGUGCAACGUGUGUUGCGAGGCGGAGCUUCGAGAAGAGGGGAGACCUGCGCUCAAGAUCUUAUUGGAGGCACUGCCCAGUGCUGAAGAAGCGGAGGCGGACGACAUGGUGGCCGCCAUCGGUGUGUUGAUGUGUGGCCCCACGGAGACCCUGACGAUUCCCAUGGAGACCAUGGUGGAGCCGCUGGUUCUGCAGCUGCGCCACGAGUCUCACAUCUUGAGCAACACGGUCUUGGAGGUGCUCUGCGACCUGGUCAUGGCCAGCGGCCCGGGCGGUGCCGUCUCGCCGCUCCUGGCGAAGGAUGCGAGGUUUGUGGCGACGCUGGUGCGCGGCCUGGGUGCCCGAACUCCACCCCAGACGGUCUUGCGGCUGUGCGUCUUGUUGCAGGACUGCCCCGGCUUCGCAGAAGCCUUCAGAGCCUCCGGAGGUCCUGAGCAGCUGAAGGCGCUGCAGCAACGCUUCGCCUGGGAGCGUGCCGGGGCGACCUGCCGAAGUGCCGGAGCUGCGGGGGCGCUGCCGUUGAAGUUUGGCGCUGCCUUGAAGUGUUUCGACCCAGCCUGUUGCCCACCUGGUGCCGACAUCGAUGCGCGCAGUGCGGGCGGCUAUGGUCGAGCGCCCCCCAAGCGUGUAGUGACUUGGCUGAGAGGUGCCUUAAAAGAGCACCUCAUUGGUCGAAAGAAGAUGAACUUAAGGAGCUCAGUGCUCAUCAAGGAGUUCUCAGUCAUUGUCAUGGGCGUCGUUGGGAUCGCGGCGCCGUUGGUGUCCAUGGAGGCGCCAUCCUGGCCGUCCUUGGGCAGUCGAGGAGGCGAUCUGGAACUGAGCUACUCUCGACCCGAACGCUUCGAGAGCCUGGGGGCCUCGGGACCAAACACCUUCGUCUCGAAGCCGAAGAACUGGAAGACCCGGCGCGACACGCCCGUGUCGGACGGAGAGACAAGCCAUCUGCACGUGGACUUCUCCUUGAUCGCGUUGAUUGUGACGCUCUUGGCGGUUUGCGUUUUGCCUCCGCUCCUCCGGGCGCCGAACGCGCCGAACGCGCCGAAUGCGCCGAACGCCGCGAACCCCUUGGGCGGUCCGAAUGCCGGACCGAACGGCGCGAACGCGCCGGGCUUUGGCGGCCAGUUCCCCCUCAGGGACUUGCUGUCUGGCGCGGGCGGGAGACUCGUGGACGUGAAGCCUGGGGAGAUGCAAGGCAGAUCUGGCUACGGCUAUGGCUUUAAUGCUUGGAAUGUUGGUGGCAACCCCUGGAGCUCCUCCGCCUGGAACGCUCCAAAUGCUCCACCCGGCGGCUUCGCCAAUGGCUUCGCCAACGGCUUCGCCCACGGCUUCUCCGGGCCCCCGUGGAAUGCCGCGAACGCCUGGAACGGCAUGGCGGCCCCGGGAGCGCCGGACUGGACCGCCAACUCUGGUGGCGCCUGGCCCUGGAACAAUGGUGGCUCAUGGAGCUCGCCUGUGCCGUCCCCCUACAGCGGCUCCGGCUUCCCCGCGCGCCCGCUGGGGCGCGUAGGGCCGGCCCAGGCCCCAGGGGCCCCAGGGGCCCCAGGGGCCCCAGGCCUCAGUGAAACAGAGGUUCAAGAGACGUACACCACCUUCGGUGAACAGCUGCAGCAGUGGGCUCCAGCCAUCGCGACGGCCAUUGACCAGGAGGUGAUCGCCCAAGUGUUAACGCAGCUGGAGCAGAGUGAUCAGAGGUGGCAGCAGGCAUUAGGCCCUCGAGGCUGGCGCUUGAGCACCGAACCGUCCACAGGACGCCGAGCGUAUGGCCUCGGGGGCGCCACGCAAGAGAUCAGCGUCUUCGAGCGGAACCUGCCGAAGCCCUUCUGCGAUGACCCUGAGGCGAAUCAGGAGUGGCAACGGCGGCAAGCACUGGAGAAGUUCCUGGUGCAUCCGUUGUUCGGCCCCGCCUCGCGGCAAUACGUCCUCGAACGGCUCUGCGACUGGCGCCAGCAAGGGAUUCUCAACGCCGCCCGCUCCGACGACUGGCGGCCCAACGUCCACAUGCCCACGGAUAGCCACAUCUUAGAGAACGUGGUCUUCCAAAUGUUGGAUCUGUCCUUGGAAUUUUGCAACUGCUUCUUGCCCCUCGGACCAACGAAGGAUGCCGGAAAGCGCGUGAAGUUCAUCCAGGACGGCCGCUCCGCCUUCACCCGCACGCGGAGCCUGGAGACGGACGGCUUCUGCCUGACGACGCUUCCCCUCGAGCGGACCGCAGGCCACGACCUCUUCAAUUACUUGGAGACCAGCAAGGCCUUGUACCCUCUGGCCGAAGAGGUGCUGAAACGGACCUUUCCGUGCUGUACGAAAGUGCUGGUCUUCGACCACAUCGCCCGGCAUGACGCCCGUUACGCCAAAGAGGCCGCAGCGGGAGAGAUCACCAAGAUGCUCGCCAGUGGUCCUACCUUCUCGGUGCACGGCGAUUACACCGUGCGCAGCGGCUUCACGCGGCUGCAGUCGUUGAUGAAGGGCUACGAAGCGGAGCAGCGCAUUGACGAGGUCUUGAAGCAACGCUUCGCCUUCGUGAACGUUUGGGUACCUCUCAAGAAGGUGGAGCGGGACCCGUUGGGUUUGAUCGAAUGGAGCAGCCAGAGGCCGUGCGAUGUGGUGACUGUGAAGUUCAUCUACCCGCACCGCACUGGAGAGACCUAUCGCGUCAUGCCCAGUGACCUCCACCGAUGGGUCUACUAUCCUGACAUGCUGCCUGGGGAGUGCCUGGUAUUCAAGGUCUUCGACUCCUCUACCGAUGGCCGGGCGCGGUUCUCGCUGCAUGGAGCGUUUCAGGAUCCGACUAGCCGCCCGGAUGCGGCGAGCCGUCAGAGCAUCGAGAUGCGCUGCGUGGUCUUCUUUGAUGUGCUCCCCGAGGGCUUUGGUGACACCUUCGUGGCGCCACACUUGCUCCCAGGCACCGACUGCAUCAUGAACCCCGAGCGGGUGCCAGUGACCGCGAAACACCUGGGGCAGGCGCCCACGGCCUUCCUUCGACAGACCACCGACCAGACGCUGACGCCCAAGCCAGUGCCCCACUACGAGGUGGUCGUGCUGCAAAAGGCGUGGAAGCUUCGCCCGGGCAACCGGAACUUGCUAGAGGCUUUGGCCCUGCUGAUGCAUGCCUUGAGGAAGCACUCCAGGUCCUACAACAGCUUUCCGCAGGCGAAGGAACAGAGUAUCACACCUGAAGCGGCUGCAGCAGAUGCAAUGUACAUGAUGUCAUUGCGCAGCUAUAUUCCGUAUUCCUUUGAGGAUGAUGAGCUGGACUGGGAGGAGGAGGACAAGGUGGUGGAAGAACGAGGAGCUUGGUACCUCUUCGAGACACCCAACGCCUUGGAGCUCGAACGGCAACGGCUCGUGGCUGAAGCCUGUGAGUGCACAGGCAUCUCCCAGGACGAGGGCAGCUUGCUGCUGAGGAGCUGCGGCUGGGAUGUGGCGACCUUUCACGAGGCCUUCUUCGAAGAUGCUUCAGCUCUGAGACAUCGUGUGGGGGUUGGAGAGGACGUCCUCAUGUCCUCUGAUGGGCCGAUCCUCUGUGGCAUUUGCUUCUCGGAGCCUGGAGAGAGUCUCAUGCCUUGCCAGGUCUCCGACCAAGCGCUGUUCUGCCGGAACUGCUGGCGGCAGUACUUGAGGGGCGCCGUCCUGGAAGGGAAAGGCUGCCUGGACUUGAGAUGCCCGGCACCUAGCUGCAAGGAGUUGGUCCGCCCGUCGCUCUUCAUGGCCUUGCUGGAAGCACCCCUCUUGGAGCGUUAUCAGCGCUUCCUCACGGAGAGCUUGGUGGAUGACUCCCGCGGCAAGCUCCGCUGGUGCCCCGGCGUGCGCUGCCGCGCGGCCGCCCAGCAUCCGGGCGCGGCGGGCGCGGAGGUGAGUUGUCGCAGCUGUGGCACGGACUGGUGCUUCCUUUGCGGCAACGACGUGCAUCGCCCGGUGACCUGCGACACGGUGAAGCGCUGGGAGGAGAAGAACCGCGAUGAAGGUUGCGAUGUGGUGUGGAUCAAGGCAAAUACCAAGCUCUGCCCCAAGUGCCAAAAUCCCAUUGAGAAGAAUGGAGGCUGCAUGCACAUGACGUGUCGAAAGCCCGGAGGUUGUGGCCACGAAUUCUGCUGGAUUUGCAUGAAGAAAUGGAAUGACCACCGGCAGUGCAACGCGGUCGAAGAGGACGUGGUGGGAAAGGCAGCGUCGAAGCAUGAGCUACUGCGCUACGCUCAUUACUUCGAACGUUACUUGGCACAUCACAAGGCCGAACACUUCGCCGCGAGCGAUCUGCUCAAGGCCUCCGAGGCCGUGGCGGAACUCUUCACGCAGUCGCUGGGCGUCACCGCGCGGCCGACGCCGCAGCGCUCGCCGCAGAUGCAUCCGACGCCGCCGGUGCCGGGCAUGGUGCUGGCGCCCACGACGCUGGCGAGCUCCAUCGGGGCACCGGGCUCCAGCGCCAGUGCGUCGAUGCGAUCGAGGCACGGCCCCAAGAUGUUGCAUCGCAAGAGCUCCAAAGGCAGCGCUGUGGAGCACCACUCCUCACAGAGGCUUCAGGACACCUUCUGGGAGCUCCAUCGAAAGCUGGGGGAGCGCUAUACAGCGGAUAUGGCCAUCUUGGCACACCCAGGCGGCCACGCUCAUGCCAACUCGCUGCAGUCCAACCCCUUGAGCGAUCGAGGCUCGGCCGUGUCAGUGUCCAAGUUGAAAGAAAGCGGCGACUUGGAGCACUCCGAUCGCCAGUUGUUCGCCAUCUCCGACCGCCUGGCGGCCAGCCAUGCCUCGCAACUGCACGCUUCGCAAAUCUCGAGCAUGCCGAAGAGCAGUGGACAGGGCUUCGAGUCCGAGAGCUUGGAAGACAAGGAUCUCCGCCAGAUCCGCGCAGAUGGACGGAAAGAGGAGGAGCCGGUGGACGCCCGAGGAUCGCCUCGGGUCGUCCUGCAGGAGAUCCCGGCCACGCCGGAGCAAGACACGCCGCAUUCCGUGGUGCCCGAUGCGAAGGGUGGCCAGCAUCCCUUGCAGAUUGAUUUCAGGAGCCGGAUGAGUCGUAGCAGCGAGUUUUCGGACGAUCAUGUUUUCGUUCCUCGCUUGUGUUGGAUCAACAAGAGCAAAUCCUUGGGCACCCGUCGCAAGAGUCGAGUCUCCUUGACCGGCGACUUCUCGCAGUCCUUGCCGCUGACGGCGGUCACACAGGAGGCAGCAAAGAAGAGGCCUUGGUAUUGGCCGAGGAUGAUUGUGUUAAACCCCACAGGAAACUUCCGAAGCUUCUGGGAUUUCCUGGGCAUGCUAAUCCUCUUGAAGGACACCAUUGGCAUCCCCUUGCAAUUAGUGGAUGUGGACGUCUCAUCCAUUUUUCCUCCUUGGGAUGGGAUUACCAAAUUCUCUGUGAUCUAUUGGUGUUUUGACAUUUUCUUCAGUUUCUUCACGGGAUAUUUGGAUAAAGGCACUUUAGUCUCGGACUUCAAAAGCAUCGCUUGGCAUUACCUGAAGACCUGGUUCUUGAUCGACCUGGCUGUGAGCUUGACAGAUUUGCUGUUGGAGUUCGGAAACUUCUCCUCGAGCAUUGGGGAGAGUGCUACGGCCACUCGCUUCUUGCGAUUCCUCCGGCUCUUCCGGAUGCUACGAUUGGGCAAGGUGAGUCGCGUUUCUGCUUUCCUGCAGGACCAGUUCGAGUCUGAGGUGGCUUCAAUCCAAUUUAGCCUGGCGCUGGUGAUGUUGGCCAUGAUCCUGGUGGAGCACGUGAUUGCCUGCGUUUGGUUCGGUUUGGGCGACGACCCGGGGGAGACGUGGCUCACGCAGAACGCCUUGAAGGACUCGUCCUUCUGGGUGAAGUACUAUGCCUGCGUUCGCUGGGCUUUGGCCCAGCUGGGCUUCGGAGCCACGGCCAUCGAGGCCAUCAACGAAACCGAAGGCAUGUACUCCAACUUUGUGGGCUUUGUCUCUUUGGUGACCAGCAGCAGCGUCAUCAGCUCCAUGACGUCACUGGUCGGAGCCUUGCACCGGAGCCGCUCGGAGGAGACGCAGCAGCUGGGGAUGCUCCGCCGCUUCCUGCGGCAGAACCAGGUGGAUCCUGGAUUAUCCGAGCGGAUCAUGCGUUUCUUGCAAUACACCUACCAUGCGAAGAAUUCCAUGGGCAGCGACAAUCCGCAGAUUUUGUCAUUGCUUUCGCAACAGCUUCAAAACGAACUCCAGUACGAGCGCUACAAGCAUGUCUUGGAUCGAGUCUUGUUCCUCAAGCGCCUCAUCGAGCAGGAGGAGUUGAGUACCCAGCAGGGACAAGUGCUUCAGAAGAUCUCUAUGGCGGUGGUGGUGGUGGAUGCGGCUGAGGAUGACACCGUGUUCUGCGCUGGUGGCUUGGCGGAAGCCUGCUUCUUCAUCCUCCAAGGAUCCUUGCGCUACACUCAAGUGGAGCGACCCACGGUGCUUCUUCAAAACGCCGGCGCCGCCGCGGAGAUGACGCUUUGGACCGAAUGGACUUUCGUGGGUGAUCUCGUCUCCACCAGCUUCAGUAAGAUUGCAGCCAUCCAAGUGGACGAUUUCGAACGAUGUAUUGUGAGCUCGCCUGAACUUCAACAUGAAGCUCAUGGGUAUGCCGCCGAGUACAUCGAAGCGCUCAACGAGUUGGAGCUCCUCUCCGAUCUUUGGAGGUUUGGCCAUCGCCACAGUCUUCGGGACUUUGUGAAGCACCGUACUGGACGGCCCUCGAUCCUCCAGCGUGGACUGAAGCUGGUGCCCAAACGCUGGGUCUCUUGGCGCAGUUGGCUUUGGCCUUCGAGGGUGGCACCAGAGAAGAGUCCUUCCAGAAGUCCAUCUGGGAGAUGA